AUGUCUGGGGAUGUUGAGAGGGGGUCAAUAGCGACUCGCCCUGAGACCUCGUCUUCCUCUUAUUCCUCGACAGACUCGCCGGUCUUGGAGCCCAUCAAGACAGCCGACACACAGCGCAGUCGCCGCAGCUUUGCGACACGGCGCUCACACGAAUCAGACAUCUAUGAAGCGCUAGAACAUGCGCUCACCCCAGAUGUCGAGACGGAGGCUGAGCGCGAGGCCCGCGAACCCAUCACAUACACCAGGACCGGCACCAGUAUAGCGAGCGCGGCCUCCCGACCACCGGACUUUGAGGUCAUCUUCGAGGAGGGCGACCCAGAGAAUCCCAGGAAUUGGCCAUUUUGGUACCGCGCCUGGAUCACCGUUUCCGUAUCGUAUUCGACAUGGGUCAUCGUUCUGUACAGCACCUGCUACACGGCGUCGCUUCCAGGUUUGAUUGACGAGUUUGGAUCGACCACCACCACAGCCACAUUGGGAUUGAGCACCUAUCUGCUCGGUCUCGCCACGGGAAGUCUUGUCGUUGCUCCAAUGAGUGAGCUUUUUGGUCGACGGCCGGUGUAUAUGAUCUGCUUGGUCCUUUGGUGCAUUCUCGUCAUACCAUGUGCCCUCGCGACUUCGCUCACGGAGAUUCUUGUUGUGAGAUUUGUCGGAGCUCUCUUUGGCGCUGCCAUGAUAUCCAACAGCCCCGGAAGUAUCGUCGAUAUUGCCAACCCGGAGUACCUGGCUCUUGCCAUGUCGAUGUGGUCGAUCGCACCGCUCAACGGACCGUCUUUGGGGCCCAUUAUUGGAGGAUUUGUCUACCAAUAUCUAGGUUGGCGGUGGGACAACUGGAUCGUCUUGAUUCUGGGCGGUGUCGGAACUCUCAUGAUGGCGACCUGCAAGGAGACCUACCACCCAGCGAUUCUCAAGAAAAAGGCGGCCCGGCUCCGCAAAGAGAUGGAUGAUCCUCGUUGGUGGUGCCAAUAUGACCAAAAGGUGUCAUCGGUCCAUCUCAUAAAGAUCAACUUGAGCCGUCCUUUUGUUCUCUUUGCGACGGAACCCAUCCUGUGGUUUUUGAACAUCUGGAUCUCCGUGAUUUACGGUAUCCUAUACCUCUGCUUCGUCGCAUACCCGAUCGUCUUUUCGCAGCAUCGUGGGUGGAACCCUGGCAUGUCGGGUCUUGCGUUUGUUGGCAUCGGUGUUGGAACAAUGAUUGCCAUCGUCUCUGAACCUCUCCUUCGAAGGCUCAUCAACUCUCAGCCACGAGAUCCCGUAACUGGUCGCGUCCAGCCCGAGGCAAAUGCACUGGUCAUGGCCAUCGGAUCCGUCCUCACCCCAAUCGGCCAGCUUGUCUUCUCGUGGACGUGCCUCCCGAAAACCAUCCACUGGGCAAUUCCCAUUGCUUUUGGCAUCCCAUUUGGCGCAGGAAACACUCUCAGCUUCAUCUAUGGUUCCAACUACCUUGCGGGCACAUACAACAUCUACGCCGCGAGCGCCUUGGCGGGUAAUGCCGUUAUUCGAAGCAUCUUCGGAGCCACGCUUCCCUUGGCUGGACCCAAGAUGUAUGCGGCGAUGACGCCCCAGUGGGCAGGUACCCUCUUGGGUUUGCUUGAAGUCGCCAUGAUUCCGAUUCCAUUCAUCUUCUGGCGAUACGGGGCCAGGAUUCGAGCAAAGAGCCCGGCCGUCCGUCAACUGCGCGAGGACCAGGACAGGAUUGAUGCCAAGAGGGCCAAGCACAAGAUGAGGCUUGAUAAGAGAAGGGAGAAGGAGGCUGCUAGUGAGAAGACGAAUGAAGGGGUUUUGGCAAACCUGGCGGACACAUCGGAGCAGGGGAAGACCGCUAGCUCUUAG